AUCAGCUCCAUUUCCGUCUCCUGCGUCUUUGCGUAAUCGUUGUGUAGCUUGUUUUUGUUUUUUCAGGAGUGCGCAGCAGCUGCUCAGUAAACUACUGCCAUCUUUACCUCAGCGUCACAGUUAGUUCGGAUUUUGUGCCCAGACAAUGGCUGGCGACAACGAGGAAACCGCCCUGAAAGAAGCCAGGAGACGCGAGCGUCAGGUAACUUUGGAGAAUGCAGACUCGGACAUCGGGUUUUGCGGCUGGCUGCUGGUCGGCCUCUCCCUCCUCCUCGUGCUGUUCACCCUGCCCUUAUCUAUCUGGAUGUGCAUCAAGAUCGUGAAGGAGUACGAGAGGGCUAUUAUCUUCCGCCUGGGGCGCAUUUUGCGCGGUGGAGCCAAAGGACCGGGUUUGUUCUUCAUCGUGCCGUGCACCGACAGCUUCAUUAACGUGGACAUGCGCACCAUCACCUUCGACAUCCCACCUCAAGAGGUUCUGACCAAAGACUCGGUGACAGUGAGCGUCGAUGGCGUGGUCUACUAUCGCGUCCAGAAUGCUACCCUGGCUGUGGCCAACAUCACUAACGCGGAUGCAGCCACGCGCCUGCUGGCCCAGACCACCCUGAGGAACGUGCUGGGCACCAAGAACCUGGCCGAGAUCCUGUCCGACCGCGAGGAGAUCGCGCACAGCAUGCAGUCCUCACUGGAUGACGCCACGGAUGACUGGGGAAUCAAGGUGGAGAGGGUGGAGAUCAAAGAUGUGAAGCUGCCCCUCCAGCUCCAGAGAGCCAUGGCGGCUGAGGCAGAGGCGAGCCGCGAGGCCCGAGCCAAGGUGAUCGCCGCCGAGGGGGAGAUGAACGCGUCGCGGGCGCUCAAGGAGGCCUCCCUGGUGAUUGCAGAGUCUCCGUCCGCCCUGCAGCUGCGCUACCUGCAGACCCUCAACACCAUCGCUGCCGAGAAGAACUCCACCAUCAUUUUCCCGCUGCCGCUGGAGAUGAUGCAGGGCUUCAUCAAACACUGAGGAGGCUACAAUCCACACACUAACACAACACGCAUCACCUGACACAUUACACAGUCCCUCCCUCUGUUAGGCAUUCCUCUGUAACCUUCAGGUAACCGAGUGGGCUCAUUUUCAAGGUUUCCUAUUAAUAAGCCACGAAUUACUAAUUAUUAGUGUGACACAGCUGAUAGAAAGUUGUGUGGGCUUAUUUAUAACACUGCUGACGUGGGUUUUAUUGUGAAUUUCCAUUUGUGGUGUUUUGCAGUGAACCAUGGCAAACACACCUACAGCAGCUCGAUUUACUGCUGUAGAAGCCAUGAGGCAAAGCCUAAGCCAAGCCCCUUUUUUACAUAGCAGGGAUUGAAACCCAUAAUUAAUUAUAUUAGGGCAUUUUACAAGAUAUGUCAUAGAUUAAAAAAAUAAACUGGGAUGAACACAAAUAGAGUCAUUAUGAAAAAAAGCAGUCAUAAAUGGCUCCACUCUGUCAUUUACAUAGCUCUGUGGCUGUAGAAUUAAACCACUAGUGCUAAGAUGAUGCUUGGUGAGUUGCUCCCUGUGGUUUAUAAUACACCGAACUGAGACGGUGGCAUUUUUAUUUCCUUGUUUCAUCUGAACCCAGCCCGCCGCGUUUAACCAGCAGCAGCACUCGCACAUAGAUCAGGAAAUAAUAACUGUAUUUUCUUUUAGCAAAGCAAGUUUGCUCACUUUACUUUGCUCUGUUUAGCUGACCAGCCUCAGCUCUCCAUCAGCUCUUGGCCAUUCAGCAUGCUCGCUCAGUCAGUCCAGAGCCAGAGGUGCCAGACGCCCAGCAAAAUCUCCAGCGGCUGGCUCGGCGUGCCUGCCAACAGCUGACCACUGACUGAAUUCAUAUAUUGUGUAUGAGCCCUAAACCAAAUCAGUGAGAGUGCAGUUUAACUCUUAUCUUGUUACAUUUUUGUUACAAAUGUAGAAAUUGUGAGUUUAAGUGCCUGAUAGAUAUGUGGUCUACAGCCACACACACACACACACACACACACACACACACACACACACACACACACACACACACACACACACCCUGGUCUUUAUAUUUCUCAGCACUGUUACAGCUGCCAGCAUCUCAGUGCUGCAGUUAUUUAAAGUGUUUUCAUUAUAUAAGUAUUCUGACUGUACUGCCAGUUACUAUUGCCAAAACCUUACUGAAUGUGUUUUUAGACUAAUUUAAGUGUAAAACUCAGACUAACCUUAGACCUGACAUCAUCGUUGUUACCUUAAAACACUUAUGCCAGUGUGUACAGUAGUUGGACUUUAGUCUCUCCCGCUCGUUGUAUGUGAUUGUGAGGAUGAAGGACAAAAAGCUGACAUGUUUGUGUGAAAUGUUGAAUUUGGGCUCCGAACCUUGAAUGAACCCGUUAAUAUUGUUAAUGUAAUGUAUUCCUGCCGAUGUUUAACUUUAUCCACUGACCAUGAAGAAGCAGGGAGGCGUGUUAGAAUAAGCUGGUCAGAAAGCGAGGAUCAGCCAGAGUUACCAAGUAAUUAUACAGGAACACACACACACACACACACACACACCUUUUCUCUAGUUGCCAGUAUACUACUACGUUAUAAACUGGAACAAGUCGAUGGUAGCUGAACUUGUGUGUUUACUCUAAACUCCCUAAUGAUCCACAGCAUGUAACGGGUGGACAAACGGUUCAAACACCCACAGAUUUAUCUGACACAAUCAGAAGGUGGGCCUGAGCAGCCACACCUCAGUACAUGGCUGUCAGUUGUUUCUUUUAUUUUGUUCACCCCGUCAACCUGUGUGGCUUCAUUGUCUGCUUAGGUGAAGCAGAGGCUGUAAAUCUUACAACCAAAGGCCUUAACGUACUGACAUGUAUUCAUUUUACAGUCCAGUAUCACUCUAUGCACUUCUAUACAAAGUUGUCUAAAGAAGUUACUUUGCCUAUUUUAUUUUUUUUAAUGAUAUUUUAUCACUUGCACUCUUUGUGGCUGUAACAAAAGCCAAAUAUACUAGCCUUUGUAUUAAUCUGUAUUAAUCUGUAGUAGGGCAGCACGGUGGCACGGUGGUUAGCACUGUUGCCGCACAGCAAGAAGGUCCUGAGUUCAAUUCCAACAUCAGGCCGGGGUCUUUCUGUGUGGAGUUUGCAUGUUCUCCCCAUGUUUGCGUGG